AGACACGACUUUGAGGACCGAAUGAGGCUUGUCACUGGUGCUGUGACAAAAGUCCCUGAACAGGUGGGGUUGAUGACACAGGUAGAAGCGGUGACGCAAAGCUUCUGCGAAAGUUUUGAAUGCAACGAGGAGGUUAAAUAUAUUCAAGAAACAAAGCAACAAAACACACUUUUUGAGGCCGUAAAGGAGAAUGUGAUGAACCACAAGAAGAGAAAUGAGGAUCAGAGACGGAAAGCAGAGUAGUCAGAUACUGAGGACGUGGCUGUUGAGGAUUUUUAUAUUGACGAAUUGCCUCAAUUACCACCAUCAAGGCAAAGGGUUCAAGGUACCCGUGUGAGGUUCGGAUCGAGACGGAGGAGGGACGAUUAAGGUAUGCAAGGAACAAGGGUCAUGGGCAACAUGUGCCAAAGGGUCGAGAAGAGUUGGCCAGUGUGGGCUGUUCCGCCACGAGGUGGGUAUGGGUGUGGGGGGAAGAGGUUGUGGACGAUGUGGAUGGAUGCUGGAAGGGUACAUGCAAUGUAUGUAGAACUAUGUCACCAUAGCACCAGUGGACUUUACCAAUGUAUGUGUGUAUGUGAUUAAGGCAGAGAUCUCCAAGAGGGAGUGAAACGGCACAGGAAUCAAAGAGAAAAAGAAGAAAAAAGGAAGAAAAUACAAGGAAGGACGAGGGAGACAACAACUCUUUUUUCCUGACUCAGCUAUCUGCAGUCAACAGUUGAAGGCAGUGUCAUGUUUUGUUUCCACCUGUGUGGGUAGAAGAAGACAAA